UUCUCUUCCGCUGUCCCUUACUUAGGAAAAGUGUUUCUUAGUCUAUUACUAUGCAUUAUAAGGACAUAGUCAGAUCGUUAAAUGUAAUUUAAUUGUCAGAAUAAAUGGAAAUUACUAACAAGCUGUAUCGCAGAUGGUUAAACGACUUCAUGUAUAAAUCAUGUUAGAAUGACAUUAUAAUAAAGAAUUAUUAUUGUCCCCCUCACGUUCAAUUAAGCCACUAAGCGGAGUAGAACAUUCUGAACCAGAGCAGGGUGUAAUGUUAAGCUGGAACUGCUGGGAAUUGUUAUUAAAACAUGUAUUUACACUAAGAGGAUGGAGAUUUAGCAUCUUCUAGGAAAGUCAUUCUUUGUAAUAAUUAUAAAAGCCAUAUCAAAGAGCUACAUGUGUUUCUUUUUUAAGUUGUGGCCAACGUUUAAGAACUCCACCAUCAAUGUGCCAAAAUAUCCUCCUUGUUGCACUUUUUCACCAAGUUUAAGAAAAAUAUUUAUUAAUUAUUUUUUAUUUAUUUUUUAAGCAUAUUUAUUAUUUAUUGACAAUUACUGCUGAGGUGUGAUUGAGCUCUUUGGCCAUUAAAAAUUAGACAUGCUAAAUGUUCUCACAUUCCCUGCAGGCAUUUAAGUUCAGGUACAUUAUGUCAUCUCUUGCCACUAUUUCAUUUUAAUAAUUUAUUUUCACUUCUAUUUUCUGUAUUGGCUCUAGUGUUUAUGUGUGGGACAAUUAAAAGGUUAUUGGAGGUAACUCAACACAGUUAUCAUUUGAUGACAGCUUUGAAGAAGAUGAAUAUUUGUGAGAUAAAUUCAAUGAAAUCGUUUUAAGGAGAGGGUGUUCUGAGCCAUCAGCUUACACCGGUGGGGAACAUGUGAAUAGAAGGAACAUUGUGUUCAGCAACACAAACACACACACGCACGCACGCACACAUGCACAGUUCAGUUCUUUUAAGGACACUGCGUUGACUUGCAUUCAUUUCACUUAGACUUCAGUGCACCUAUAACCAUAACAAUGCUUCUUUUCCACAAAUGGCAUGUCCGACAUUGCAAAGGGGUUUUAUAGUCCCAGCACCUCAAAUCACGACAUGGCUUUCACUGUUUACUUUUCCAAAACACAAAGAUGACGCACCAUGCACUUGACGCUAAGGUUCUAUCGAUGGUUGGAUCAAUUUGUCUUUAUGCUUAGCUGAGAUUUAAUCAAGUCUCACAUCUUUGCACCUAAUUAGUGAAACGUGUUAAACAAAGGAGAAGGACGUUGAGGAAAAAGUCUGCAGGCAAAUGGGUACUUUGGUGAUCAUUUGCAUCAAAUGACUGAAGAUACUUUAUUGUAUGUUAUUGCAGACCAUUUUUGCAUUCAGGUGUUUGAUCACAUUCAUAAAUAUACUCAGAACAUACUGCGUCUCCAUUUUGAAUUUCAUACGGAGGUUGUUUGUCCAGCUUGUCUUUGCGAGAAACACCCAAGGGUUUUUCAGGCCAUCUAUCUAACUUUGCCUCUUUGAUCGGUAUCAUGUGAUGCUGGUCAUAUUUAUGGGGUGCUUUUAAAGAUGACCUAUAUAUAUAUUUAUAUUUAUAUUUCUCAACUUACACAUUUAAUUGGUUCUCUAAUGGAGCUCUUGUCAUGAUCUGGCACCUCUGCUGCCGCUUGUCUGCUUUUUUUUUUGCAGUGGCUGGUUUUCAGGUUACGGUGUAGAGCCACCUUCGCGCACACCUGAUUGCCAUUUAUUAUCUGUAAGCUCUUCAGUCCAUGCAUUAUUUUAUUUAUUCUCUGCAUUGGGGUCCUACUCCGACGAAGGCAGAUCGUGACAGCUCUUAGCUCCAAACACUCUCAGAUCAAAUAUAAAUUAAAAAUGAAUGGCAAUAGGCUGAUUGGCAACACUAAAUUGGCCCUAGUGUGUGAAUGUUGUCUGUCUAUCUGUGUUGGCAAUGCAAUGAGGUGGCGACUUGUCCAGGGUGUACCCCGCCUUCCGCCCGAUUGUAGCUGGGAUAGGCUCCAGCCCCACUCGCGACCCCGAAAGGGACAAGCAGUAGAAAAUGGAUAGAUGGAUUAAUCGCUGCUUGCCCAGCUCAAAAAACACCACAAUUUUAAAAUGUUACAUACCUUUUAAAAAUAACAACCUAUUAGUGCAGAAAUAUUGAAUGGAAAUAGAAUGUAUUUCAAACAACUUUUUAACGUCUUUGGCUGGCGUUAUGACUCCGCCUUCUUCAGUAUGGUGCAGACUUUGAAGUUGUACAAGUCGUACGCUCCUUACUGCCUCUGUCAUUCUUUGAUGAUUUCUUUCUUUGAUUUAGUAAAUAUUAUCCGCCUCUUCCCCUCAGCACUGUCCUUUUCUGCUUUCAUUUUCAUGCCACUAGUCUCGUCGAUGGUUGGGUUGCAAGAACGUCACAAGAUAUCAACAAGAUUCCACUAAUUGCAAAUUGGACGCAUCAGGACGUCAAUAAGUUCUCCAGCGUCACUGUGAUGCUCACAGGCAGACAUGACCACUGAUCAGGAUCUUUCUAUGGACGGGCCGGCAGCCUCAGCUGAGUUUGCUACAAAGGGCGUUGAUGUCACGCCUAAAAAAGACCAAGGAAUAAUCAAGGUUGUGAAACGUCAGGGACAAGAUGGAGAGUCCCCAAUGAUUGGGGACAAAGUGACCAUCCAUUACACUGGAAAACUCCUCACUGGGAAGAAGUUUGACUGCAGCAGAGAUCGCAAGGAGUCUUUUUCCUUCAAUGUUGGCAAGGGACAGGUCCUCAAAGCCUGGGAUAUUGGCGUUCUAUCCAUGCAGAGAGGCGAGGUGUGCACUAUACUGUGUAAGCCAGGGUACGCUUAUGGUUCCACUGGAAAUUCGGACAAAAUUCCUCCCAACUCUUCAGUGACAUUUGAGAUCGAGCUGCUCAAGUUCGAAGGAGAGACGCUGACAGAAGAUGGCGGCAUCGUACGAAGGAUCAAAGUCAAGGGAGACAACUACUUAAAUCCUAAUGACGGAGCGACCGUCGAAGUUCAUCUGGAGGGAAGCUGCGACGGCCGAUUAUUUGACACCAGGGAUGUCACCUUUGUGGUCAGUGAGUCGGAGGAUAAAGGUGUUCCUCUUGGAGUGGACCGUGCCAUGGACAAGAUGCAGAAGGGAGAGUGCUGUAUACUUCACUUGUCACCAAAGUAUGGCUUUGGCCAUAAAGGAAAACCAGAAUUUAAAAUUGACCCAGACAAAGACGUUGUGUACGAGGUUACGCUCAAAGACUUUAAAAGGGCUAAGGAAUCCUGGGAAAUGGACUUGCAAGAAAAGCUGAAUCUGGCCUUUGAAACAAAGCAUAAAGGGAAUCUGUAUUACAAGGGGGGGCACUACUACCAGGCGGUAGUCCAGUACCAGCGCAUCAUUUCCUGGUUGGAGAUGGAGUGUGGUAACGGUUUGGAGCAGCAAAAUCGCAUUAAUAACUUUCUUUCGAUGGCCCACCUCAACUUAGCUUUGUGUUUCCUGCGCAUCAAAGACUUCUCCCAAGUGGUGCAGAACUGCAACAAGGUGAUUGAGAUAGACCCUUGCAACGAGAAGGGUCUGUACCGCCGCGGUGAGGCCCGUCUGCUCCGUAACGAGUUCACCUUGGCCUUGGCGGAUUUUCAACAAGUGCUGCAGGUCAACGCUGACAAUCGUGCUGCCCGAACUCAGAUUUCAAUCUGCCGGAGCAAAAUGAAGGAAUAUCACGAGCUGGACAAGAAGACUUACGCCAACAUGUUCCAGAAGUUUGCUGAGCGGGACGCCAAGACUGGGAGGACGAAAAGGAAGCAAGAGGAGAGUGUGAGCAGCAGCAUUAACGGAGAAGUGGGCAUUAAACGCCGAAGGAGUCAAGACCGCCGCUCACAACAGUGAUAUCUGUCAAAACCAAGAAGACUCCCAACAGGCAGGAAUAAGAGGCACACUCAAAUACUCCCAAUAUUUCCACUUUUUGGUCACACAGACUGCCUAUUCCUGUAACUUUUUGUUUUAUUACCAUUACAACACACUGAGCUCCAUUUUAUAAAGCUUCUAUGAUGAGAUGGGCCUCAACAUUGAAAUCACAUCCAAAAACAUUACGGCUUGCAAGUAUUACUGUGUGUUAUGACUUGAACCACAUGUACAAUUUAUUCUUCUGAUAAGAUGUCUAAUUUAUGUGCUGCAGAUGGCUUUUUUUCUUCUUCUGAAAAAACACUUCAUACAGCCUCAGCUUUUAGUCCAUGUUGGUAAAAAGGAUAAACAACUUACCUAAGAAUGUUCCUCAUAUAAUACUAGCUAUAUUUGAAAAGUGGAAGGGUGGAAGUCAAAAGAACGAUGCCACACACCGCCCACAACGACGAUUGGUUACGUGCUGUUUACUUGCAUUCACCCAUGCAAUAUGCCAACGCCUUCAAAAUCGGAAGAUGUAUGACGUCACACGAAAAGGGUCUAUAGCAGGGGUGUCCAAACUUUUUCCACUGAAGGCCACAAACAUUAAGCAUGCGAGGGCCAUUUUGAUAUUUUGCACUUUCAAAAUCAAUUCAAUAUAUCGUUUUUUUCCCACCUUUUGGGCUAGGGACCCAGAAGGGUCUGAGUCAUAAAAAUGUAAAAAAUUAAUUACGUAUUUUUUACUAUUCAACGCUUAAAUCUCUAGAUCAACAUAACGUGUUAAAAAAAUGUUUUGUUUUAUGCCCUUUUUGUCCAAGAAAAUUCAGUUUUUUAUGGCAAAAACACAACAUAUACAAUAUUUUGCCCCCCAAACAUUUCCAAGCGGAAUAUUUGAUGUGAGGUAUUUGCAGGCCUAAAAAGGUCAAUAAUUCAUAAGACCUUGAUUUUAUUUCAUUAUUUUUUGAGCAAUGACAUUUUUUUAAAAUCCCACUAAAAUUCUUGAGGGUCCAUCAUAAAAAAAAAUGCUAAAAAAAAGUCUUAGAUAAAACAUUUAAAAAAAAUCAACCCUUAGGUCUCCAGAUCGACUUCAGCUCUAUGCUUUUUUUUUUUGUUUAUUUGAUGUCGUUUUGGUCAAUUUGGCAAACAAAUAUGCAGUAUUUUCUCCAAAAAAUAUUUUAAAGUGGAAUAUUAGUGAAGUAUUUACAGGCCUAAAGAGGUUGAUCAUUUAUAACACCAUUGAUUUUAAUUCAUUAUUAUUUUUUAGCAAUUUUUUUUUUUAAAAUCCCACUGGAAUUCUUGGAGGUCCAUCAUUAAAAAAUUCUAAAAAAAAGUCUUACAUUAAAAAAAAAAAUUCUACCUUAAAAAAAAAAUUCUACCCUUAGGUCUCCAGAUCAACUUCAGAUCUAUGCUUUUUGUUGUUUAUUUUAUUUUAUUAUAUAUGCAGUAUUUCCUU